UGGGACCCCGCGCAGGGUUGGUGGGCAAAUUUGGACUGCUCCCAGCUGGCAGCUGUGUCGCUGCCUCAGUUUCCCCGCCUGGCAGCGGGUGCGGUGCCUGAGGGAGGGCCCUCCUGCCCCCCGCCCCUCCGAGGGCUGGACCGGGCCAGCACCGGCUGCUGGACUCAGCCCCAGCUAAAGCCACUCCAGGAGCUGCUGCUCUGCGACCGGGAGCUGCACCGGAGCUGCCCAGCCAUGGAAGCCACCAACUCGAGGCUGGACGUGGCAGCAGUUGGGGACCUGGUGCUGCUGGACCCCCUGACCGAGGAGUCGCUGCUGCAGACCCUGCAGGAACGCUUCCGCCGCGGGGACAUCUAUACCUACAUCGGGAACGUGGUGAUCUCGGUGAACCCCUACCGCUCGCUGCCCAUCUACGGCCCCGAGGCGGUGCAGGAGUACCACAACUGCAACUUCUUUGCCGUCAAACCUCACAUCUAUGCCAUCGCUGACGAUGCCUACCGCUCGCUGCGGGACCGGGACAGGGACCAGUGUAUCCUCAUCACUGGCGAGAGUGGGGCUGGCAAGACAGAGGCCAGCAAGCUGGUGAUGUCCUACGUGGCAGCUGUGUGCAGCAAAGGAGAGGAGGUGGACAAGGUGAAGGAGCAGCUCCUGCAGUCCAACCCGGUGCUGGAGGCCUUUGGAAAUGCCAAGACCGUUCGCAACGACAACUCCUCCCGAUUCGGCAAGUACAUGGAUGUGGAGUUCGACUUCAAGGGGGAGCCUCUGGGAGGGGUCAUCAGCAACUACCUGCUGGAGAAGUCUCGCAUCGUGCGGCACGUGAGGGGCGAGAGGAACUUCCACAUCUUCUACCAGCUCCUGGCCGGGGGCUCAGCACAGCUGCUCCAGCAGCUGAAGCUCCGCCAGGACUGCCAGCACUAUGCCUACCUCAACCAGGAGACCUCCGACGUGCCAGGCAUGGAUGAUGCAGCCAACUUCCGUGCCAUGCAGGAUGCCAUGAGAGUCAUUGGCUUCUCGCCGGCCGAGGUGACAGCGCUGCUGGAGGUGACAGCUGUGGUGCUCAAACUGGGCAACGUGCAGCUGAGUGGCAGCUACCAGGCCAGUGGGAUGGAGGCUUGCAGCAUCGCUGAGUCGCAGGAGCUGCAGGAGAUCUGCAGCCUGAUCGGGCUGGACCCCAGCGUGCUGGAGCAGGCUCUGUGCUCCCGCACCGUGAAGGCACGGAACGAGACGGUGCUCACCACCCUCAGUGUCCCCCAGGGCUACUACGGCCGGGAUGCGCUGGCCAAGAACAUCUACAGCCGCCUCUUCGACUGGCUGGUGAACCGCAUCAACACCAGCAUCCAGGUGAAGCCAGGCAAGCAGAGGAAGGUGAUGGGCGUCCUGGACAUCUAUGGCUUUGAGAUCUUCCAGGACAACGGCUUUGAGCAGUUCAUCAUCAACUACUGCAACGAGAAGCUGCAGCAGAUCUUCAUCCUGAUGACCCUGAAGGAGGAGCAGGAGGAAUAUGUGCGGGAGGGCAUCAAGUGGACCCCAGUGGAAUUUUUUGACAACACCAUCAUCUGCAACUUGAUCGAGAACAGCAAGGGCGGGAUCCUGGCCAUGCUGGAUGAGGAGUGCCUGCGGCCCGGCGUGGUCAACGAGGACACCUUCCUGACAAAGCUGAACCAGCUCUUCGCCACCCACAAGCACUACGAGAGCAGGGAGACCCAGAACGCCCGGCACGUCAUGGAUGCCAGCCUGCUGCCACACUGCUUCCGCAUCCACCACUAUGCUGGCAAGGUGACCUACAACGUGAGUGGCUUCAUCGAGAAGAACAACGACCUCCUCUUCCGAGACCUCUCGCAGGCCAUGUGGGCCGCCCGACACGAGCUGCUGCGCUCCCUCUUCCCCGAGGGGGACCCCCAGAAGGUGUCCCUCAAGCUGCCCCCCACCGCCGGCUUCCAGUUCAAGGCCUCGGUGGCCACGCUGAUGAAGAACCUCUACUCCAAGAACCCCAACUACAUCAGGUGCAUCAAGCCCAACGAGAGCAAGGCGCCGCUGCUGUUCACGCCGGAGCUGGUGCUGGCGCAGGUGCGGUACCUGGGGCUGAUGGAGAACGUGCGGGUGCGGCGCGCAGGAUACGCCUUCCGCCAGCUCUACAGCUCCUUCCUGGGCCGCUACAAGAUGCUCAGCCCCCGGACAUGGCCCCGCUGGGCUGGAGGUGACAGGGAGGGGACCGAGGUGCUGAUGGAGGAUCUGGCGUUCCCCCCCGAGGAGCUGGCAUUCGGUCACACCAAGAUCUUCAUCCGCUCGCCACGCACACUCUUCGACCUGGAGAAGCGGCGCCAGGAGCGCGUGGUGGAGCUGGCAGUCCUCAUCCAGAAGAUGUUCCGGGGCUGGCGGUGCCGCACCCAGUACCAGCUGAUGCGCAAGAGCCAGAUCCUCAUCUCCGCCUGGUUCCGGGGGCACAGGCAAAAGAACAAGUACCAGCAGACCAAGCGGUCGGCGCUGCUCAUCCAGGCGUACGUGCGGGGCUGGAAGUGCCGCCGGCUCCUCCGGGAGCUGAAGUUACAGCGUCGCCGCCAGGCAGCCGCCAGCACCAUCGCCGCUUACUGGAGGGGGUACCAGGUCCGCAGGCAGCACAGGAGACGCUUCCGCUCUGGGGCCAGCGCCUGCCUGUCCAACUUCAUCUACCGGCGGCUGGUACAGAAAUUCCUGGUGGGACUGAGGAAGAACCUCCCUCCUCUGUCGGUGCUGGACCAGACCUGGCCCCCUGCACCGUACAAAUUCCUGGCUGAUGCCAACCAGGAGCUGAGGAGCAUCUUCUUCCGCUGGAAGUGCAAGAAGUACCUGGAGCAGCUCUCACCGCAGCGCCGGGCGCUGCUGCAAGCCAAGCUCUGUGCCAGCGAGCUCUUCAAGGACAAGAAGUCCCUCUAUUCCAAAAGCGUGCAGCAGCCCUUCCAGGGUGAGUACCUGGGGCUGAGGCAGAACCCCAAGUACCAGAAGCUCCAAGCCGUGGCCAAGGAUAAGCUGGUGAUGGCUGAGACGGUGAGGAAGGUGAACAGAGCCAGUGGCAAGACUGUCCCACGCCUGCUGCUGCUCACCACCGAGCACCUGGUCCUGGCUGACCCCAAGGCUGCCCAGCCCAAGACAGUGCUCAGCCUGAGCGACAUCCGCAGCGUCUCUGUCACUCGCUUCUCCGACGGCUUCCUGGUCCUGCACCUUAAGGAGACCUCCACGGGGGGGGCCAAGGGCGACUUCUUGCUUGUCAGUGACCACCUCAUUGAGCUUGUCACCCGCCUGCACCAGACCCUCCUGGAUGCUACCUCUCAGGGCCUGUCCCUGCACAUCACUGACCAGUUCUCCACCCGCUUCCAGAAGGGUGACAUGGCUGUGACCGUGGUGGAGUCAGCCAAGGCAGGCGCCGGUGCCCCCAUCUGCAAGAAGCGAGGCAGCCACAAGAUGGAGAUCCUGGUCCACUGAGGGGACCCUCACCCACAGCUGGGGGACCCUCACCCACACACCAGCAGUCCCCCACCCCUGCACCGCUCAGGAACUGCUGCAGAGCCAUUAAACGACGCUGUGGUGUUUCUCCUCGGGGGGGCUUCAUGGUGGGUGACUCCCUGCCAGAGGGACCCAGGGUGCUGGAGCCCCUGGAGAGGGUGCAGGGUGGGCGUGCAGAGCCCAGCUGCGAGGAUAGAACCCCCCAACAUGGGCACGCUGCAGGGAUGGAGCUCCCCCACACCUUGGCCCCCACCUUCCCUGCUGCCUGAUUGCGGCGGCGCUCUGCUGGCGGUGAUUGGAAGGGCCCCAAAUUGCGGCCGCGCUGCCCAUUAAGUGGCUGCUGCAGAGGCAAUUUCUGGGCGGCCGCGGGUGGCUGGCACGUGAGGUCCUUGGCACCCGCCUGGCAGCGCUGCCCGUCCCCAUUGCGGGGUGCUCCCCCGCUGUGCUCCCCUCGCCCAGCUGCGCCCGCAGCCCUCCCCAGGCUGGCACCGCAGCUGUGUUUGGGGAUGGGGGCUGCGGCUUGGAGCAGGGCAGGGGGACAAGAGAGGAGCCGCCACGCAGUCCCAGUGCCACUGCUGCCAGCCGGGGUCCCGCGGCCCCCAGGAGCCCCCGCAGCAUGCUGGUGCCCCCUCCCCACCCCUGCCACACUCAUCAGGCUCUGGCAGAGGGUUAUUUUUCCUGUCCCCACACAUCACCUGC